GUAGCCGGGGCCCCACCGGCUGCCGUCGCGGGCAGGGGUCUGGUCAGGACCGGGGUCCCCACUCGGGGACUGGGGCAUCCCCGACGCAGCCGAGAGGCACGGAGCCCGCGGGGGGCGCAAAUUGCUCUGCAGCGCCCGCCCGCUGAACGGCGUGGGCAGGAGGGCGCUAGGGUUCCGGGGCGCCCCGAGGGCAGGGCGCCCUGACUUCUCUGGGGAGCCCCGAUCCCGAGGGGCGUUUGGAGGGAGCGCGCCCCAGCCGCACCGGACCUUGCGCUCAUCCCCCGCGCACCCCACUUCUGCACAAACUUUUCUGACGCCCUCGCCCGUGGGGGUCGCGGAGAGCGCUGGGGCCGGCCGCUGGGCUCCUGCCCCGCCGGACCCUGGCCACGCUGACCUCCCGCCUCUCGUAGCUUCGGUGGCGACCUCUCCAGGUCGGGCCGCGCACGGCACUCGAGGCGAGCGCGGCAACCACCUUCGCUCUCCGAAGGCUCCCGCGCCCCCCGGGGCAGCUGGGCGGGGUAAUGCCCUCGGUGAUGGAGAAACCGAGCGCGGGCUCCGGGAUCCUGUCCCGCAGCCGGGCCAAGACGGCGCCCAACGGCGGGCAGCCCCACUCGGAGGAUGACAGCAGCGAGGAGGAGCACUCGCACGACAGCAUGAUCCGCGUUGGAACCAAUUACCAGGCUGUAAUUCCGGAGUGCAAGCCUGAGAGCCCAGCACGCUACAGCAACAAGGAACUGAAGGGGAUGCUGGUGUGGUCGCCCAACCACUGUGUGUCAGAUGCCAAGCUUGACAAAUACAUUGCGAUGGCCAAGGAGAAGCAUGGCUACAACAUCGAGCAGGCACUGGGCAUGCUCCUGUGGCAUAAGCAUGAUGUGGAGAAGUCACUGGCUGACCUGGCCAACUUCACCCCAUUCCCUGACGAGUGGACAGUAGAGGACAAAGUGCUGUUUGAACAGGCCUUUGGCUUCCACGGCAAGUGCUUCCAGCGGAUUCAGCAGAUGCUGCCCGACAAGCUAAUUCCCAGCCUGGUAAAGUAUUACUACUCUUGGAAGAAGACCCGCAGCCGAACCAGUGUGAUGGAUAGACAGGCACGGCGGCUGGGGGGUCGCAAGGACAAAGAAGACAGUGAUGAGCUGGAAGAGGGACGAGGAGCUGUGAGUGAGGGAGAGCCAGAUGCUGGAGACCCCAAGAGAGAGCCUCUGCCCUCUCGGCCCCUGAAUGCACGCCCGGGACCAGGGAAGAAGGAGGUUCAGGUGUCUCAGUACCGCCACCACCCUUUGCGAACCCGGCGACGCCCCCCCAAGGGCAUGUACCUGAGCCCCGAAGGCCUCACUGCAGUGUCAGGAAGCCCGGACCUUGCCAGCAUCACGCUGCGGGGCCUUGACUCCCAGCUCAUCUCCCUGAAGCGCCAGGUGCAGAGCAUGAAGCAGACCAAUAGCAGCCUCCGCCAAGCCUUGGAGGGUGGCAUUGACCCACUCCGCCCUCCUGAGGCCAACAUCAAGUUCAACUCCCGUUGGACCACAGAUGAGCAACUUUUGGCUGUACAAGGUCCAGAUUACAUCUGUCUCCACAUCUGUGCCCCGAUCGGUGCCCCCUGUACCACCACCCCCUCCACCUCCCACCUCGCUGUCCCAGCCGCCUCCACUGCUGAGGCCACCUCUGCCCACAGCUCCCACUCUGCUUCGCCAGCCCCCUCCACUGCAGCAGGGCCGCUUCCUCCAGCCCCGGCUGGCCCCCAACCAGCCCCCACCACCUCUCAUCCGCCCUGCUCUGGCUGCCUCCCGCCACAGUGCCCGCCCAGGCCCUCAACCCCCACCCACCCUGAUUGGAGCCCCUCUGGAGCCUCCAGCACCCUCACUCUGAGCCCUGAGGUCCUCCACCAACCAGAGGCUCUGGAACACCUUUGCUGGACAUUCCCAGGCAUCUCCAGGUCACUAAGGAUGGAAGGGAUCAGGGCUCUUGCUAGGUGUUUCAAAGACCCAGAGCUGCUGAUUGGCACAGUCUGGACCUGUGGGGUCUGUGUGUUCCUGGCAGCUGAGCCUGUCCCCUUACAGACAGGGCCUGGGGCUCAGGGGCCUUCUGAGCUGGCGUGAGGGUACGUUCUGCUCCUUGGCUGGGGCUGGAAUGGCUGCCUCCUAGUUUGCUGGGGCUUGGCCUUUAGGCUCUGCCUUUUGUGUGUAAGGGGUAGUGACCUUAGCAUGGGGCUGGGGGCAAGGACAGUUCGGUGUGCUGGCUGUUCUCAUUCCUCUUUCCCUUCUUUAGCAAUAAGUCUGGGGUGAGAUGGGCCUGAGGGAGGAGGUGGGCAGAGAGGUUCCUUGGGGCCUGACAGCAGAAGAGGCUGGAAGGGAAGCUCUGUCUUAAGGGGCCAGAUGGGAAAUACUGAGCUGAGGGCGCCCACCAUGCCCACCUCCAAAAAGCCUGGAGAAAGUGGGGUUGGGAACUUAUGCAGACAUGGAUUUAUUUUUCAACAUUUUUAAAAAAUAAAUAAAAUCUCCCAAGCCC